AUGGACGAGGGAUUACUUGCUAUCACGGUGCGCUCAGUCAUGCGCAUGGAAGGUGCGGUCCGACGGUUCUGGACGGCGGUGACGCGGAAGAAACAGAACGACGACGAUGGCAACGAGUCGAAGCUGGCCCGCGUCCUAACGCUCCUCGAUUUGACCGGGCUCGGCGUCGGUAGCACCCUUGGGCUCGGCGUGUACGUGUUGGCCGGAUCGGUGGCACGCGAACAGGCUGGCCCGGCCGUGGUCGUCUCGUUCCUGGUGGCCGCCGUUGCAUCGGCCAUCGCUGCGCUUUGCUAUGCCGAGUUUGCAGCCCGCGUCCCGAAAGCUGGCUCAGCGUACGUAUACAGCUACGUCAGCAUUGGCGAGUUCACCGCGUUCACGAUCGGCUGGAAUCUGAUCCUGGAGUACGUGAUCGGUACGUCGAGUGUGGCGCGUGGUAUGAGCGGUUACAUUGACUCGCUCGUGGACAACAAGAUCAGCACCGCGAUGCGCGACGCGAUGCCGAUGAACGUCGACUUCCUGUCGGAUUAUCCGGACUUUUUCUCGUUCAUCGUCGUACUGAUCCUGGCCGGACUGCUGGCGUACGGUGUGAAGGAAUCGACGCUCAUGAACAACAUCUUCACCGGCGUCAACCUGAUCGUGAUCGGUGUGGUGCUGGUGGCGGGUGGCAUGAACUGCGAUCCGGACAACUGGUCCAUCCCUCAGGAGAGCAUCCCGCCCGGGUACAACGGUGGUGCCGGUGGGUUUGCUCCAUUCGGGUUCGCCGGCAUUAUGGCCGGGGCGGCCAAGUGUUUCUACGGGUUCGUCGGGUUCGACUGUAUCGCCACGACGGGCGAGGAAGCGCAGGAUCCGGAGCGCAAUAUCCCGCUCGCCAUCGUCAUUUCGCUGAUCAUCAUCUUCCUGGCGUACUUUGGGAUUUCGACCGUGCUGACGAUGGCGCUCCCAUACUACCUGCAGGAUCCGGAGGCUCCGUUUCCGCAUCUGUUCGAGUCACUCGGCUGGAUCGCGAUCAAGUGGAUCGUCUCGAUUGGUGCGAUCUUCGCCCUCUGCACCAGCCUGCUCGGUGCGAUGUUCCCGUUGCCGCGUGUCCUGUACGCCAUGUCGUCGGAUGGGAUCAUCUACAAGAAGCUACAGACGGUCCACCCGAAAACGCAGACCCCGGUGCUGGCGACGAUGCUGUCCGGGCUGCUGGCAGCCAUAAUGGCGGCCCUGUUUAACCUCCAGCAGUUGAUCGAUAUGAUGUCGAUCGGAACGCUGCUCGCAUACACGAUCGUCGCCGUCAGUGUGCUGGUGUUACGGUACCAAGCGGAAGAGCUGCUCGGUACGUCGGACGUCAGCGUGACGGUUCCGGAGGUCCUGCGGCAACUCGUGAACGGAGCGCGCCUUAAGGCACCGACCCAGUUGUCGUCCGCCAUCGUGAAGGUCGGGGUCUGUGUGUUCGCUGCGUUCGUGUGCGGGGCGUGCGGAAUUCUGGUGCCGGCCGAAGACUAUAUCAACACCGACUAUCCGGGUGUAAUCGCCGGCCUGGCAAUCCUGGUGGCGAUCCUGCUGACACUGUUCGUCAUCAUACUGCUGCAGCCGACCGACAAGCGGAAGUUGACUUUUAAGGUCCCGCUAGUGCCACUGCUGCCCCUGGUCAGCGUGUUCUUCAACCUGUACCUGAUGUUCCAGCUCGACUCCGGCACCUGGAUCCGGUUCAGUGUGUGGAUCGUGGUCGGGUACUUUAUCUACUUCACGUACGGCAUCCGCCACUCGGUCGAGGGUGAACGGUUGCUGACCCGGUCCGAGCUGGCCGCUGCCCGGUCGGUGGCCAACGCGAACGGCAACGGUGGCAUCGACAACACGGGGUACGAUGGGGACGAGAAGAGUGCCUCCAAGCUCCCGGCCGCCACGUACACGAUAACGCAGGACUCCUAGAGCCCCGAUCUGUCUCUCUCGCUCCCUGCCGCUCUCUCUCUGGCUACGCCAUGUGGCCAUGUAGAGGGAAGCCAGUAUUAGUCUCCAGCAUCACCGCUUAGGGUUAAGAACAGUAACCGGAACAAGCGCAAAGGGAAGAAUCGAGACCGACCCAGACCCAGCUGGGUCGCGGCAGGACCACCACUUACAGUGAUUGUGAUAAUUAUUGCAUAUUAGUGUGUAUAAGGUUUACUUACUUACUAGAGAUACUGCUUCAUGCGGGGCCCCGUAAGCGGGUCCGCCUAAUAAUGGGGUGCGCCGAUCCCCUCCAGACCCCCUUUCGAGCUUAUCGUUCCACCCACCAACGGACCAAUCCACGGCGAUUGUUCCCCUUUUUAAUCCCCUCACCGGAGACGAUAACGACGAUUGUGACAAAAACAUGAACAUGGCCAAUAAAUCAAUC